GUGAAGAGGGAGAGAGAGGAAGUUGCAGCGAUGGCGGAGGAGAAGCCUCAACCGGUUCAAGUUUUGUACUGCGGAGUUUGCGGGUUACCGCCGGAGUAUUGCGAGUUCGGUCCCGAAUUCGUGAAAUGCAAACCGUGGUUGAUCCAAAACGUCCCCGAUCUCUAUCCGGAUCUUCUCAAAGAAGGGGAUGGAAAAGAAGCAGAUAAAGUGGCCAAUCAGCUUCAAGCAACAUCAAUCUCUAAUGCUGGAGCAGGUUCUUCAGCUCCCCAGCCGGAAGAAGUAAAGCGCCUUCCAGGUGGAAAGAUAAAAAAGAAAGACAAGCAGGAAAUUGUGAUUGAAAAGACAACUCGCCAAAAGAGAAAAUGCAUCACCACCAUCAAGGGGCUAGAAUUAUUUGGCAUCAAAUUAAGUGAUGCCUCAAAGAAGUUCGGUAAAAAGUUUGCCACGGGAGCUUCUGUUGUUAAGGGCCCAACUGAAAAGGAACAGAUUGAUGUGCAAGGAGAUAUAGCAUAUGACAUCGUGGAUUUCAUUACAGAGACCUGGCCAAAUGUUCCUGAGUCUGCAGUUUUCUUUAUUGAAGACGGUAAAAAGGUCCCGGCUGCAUAGAAGUUAUAUGAAGAUCACAAAGGGAGGGAACUUCAUGCAAAACCCAAGCCUUCAAUUGUGCUAUGGCGGACAUGUAUGCAAAGAUGGUUUACAUAUAUAAAAGGUAGCCACGUUAACUCGUGCACGACAAAAGAUUGAACCAUCUCAACAAUGUGUGCGUCUUUUGCGUCGUAUUAUGCCCACCUUCAUAACAUUCUUAUGUCUUAAGCGAGACCCGCAAUGUAAUUUUCGCAUUUGCACCCCUCUCUGUGUGGUUGAAGUCAUUUUCUGGUGCUAAAAAUUUUGUGGAGAGAUUUACUAAUGUUCACUUCUGUCUUUCUAUCUUCUCUUCUCUCAGAAUAGAAAGAAAAUGUGGAAACUCGUGGUGAUCAGAGGGUAUGGAAAUAAUGUAUGUGGCAUGUGAAAAUUAUGUCAUGUAAAAAACAUUAAAUAUAAUGAAUAAUAGAGUUGUUU